AUGCUUCGGCAAAAGGGACCGUAUUCUGUAUUUUCUUCACCUCAAAGUGGAUUGGGAAGUCGUAGUGGUAGUGGUGUAGAGCAGGAGAAUGCAGACGAAGCGUUAAAGACCGCCUUUUCAAUCGAUCUCACCAUGACCAAUGAGAAGGAAGGCUCAUGUACUGCGGACGUCGAAAUCGAUGGAAAUAAUGCGGACACCACUGAUGUAGUGCCUUCUAUGCAUUCAGCUAAUUUUCAGGCUGAUUACGUACAGAUAUCUGACUUCUCGAGUGAUCAUAAAAAUGAGUCUCUUUGUCCUCAUCUAUUUGUAAAUCAUGAGAAUACAAUGAUAAAUCUGACUUCUUCUCUGGUGAUUGCAUCGAAUAGUUCGUCAGAAGCGUACUUUAGCUCAAUGGCUCAGAUGAAAAUGAAGGCAUCUCGAACUGUAUCCUCAAUCUUAACUCAUCUUCUUCGAUAA